CCCGAGCCGACUAUCCCUGCGUAUGCGUGUAUGUAAGCCAUGAUGCCAAUUGGAUUCCAGUCAUUCUAUUUUCCCGUGUCUUCUGAUUUCAGAAAUUUCAUGUUCUGCUAUCUCUUCCGCCAUCGUAUACCACCUACAGCCGACCCGGUUACGGCCGUGAUAAUCCCCCCUAGAGGAUACGGCCUUGAGUCCACGAACACAUCAUAAUGUCUACCUCAGUAGAUACUGUCGCCAACUCCCUCGAUCUGACGCGAUCCUGGGAAGACAAGGGGCUCUACGACAUCGACCUCACCAAGACCGCAUUCGAAGUACACUCGACCACGCAUCUCUGCCGCGACGAAGACAACAACAACGAGUACCCCUCAGGACUGAAGCUAUACCUAGUCAUCCUAUCCCUCUGCCUAGCCGUCUUCCUCGUCGCGCUCGACCAAACCAUCAUCGCCCCCGCCCUAGGCGCCAUCACGGGCGAGUACGGCAGCGUCAAGGACAUCGGGUGGUACGGGAGCUCGUACCUGCUGACGUCGACGGCGCUGCAGCCGCUCUACGGGAAGGUGUACCGCGUCUUCGACAUCAAGCGCGCGUUCCUCGGCGCCGUCGCCGUCUUCGAGGUCGGCAGCCUCGUGUCGGCGGCGGCGCCCGACUCCGCCUCCUUCGUCGUCGGCCGCGCCGUCGCCGGCAUGGGCACCGCCGGCCUGUUCUCGGGCUCCAUCGUCAUCCUCUCGUACGCCCUGCCCCUGCGCCGCCGCCCCUUCAUGUUCGGCAUGUUCGGCUGCAUGUGGGGGAUCGCGUCCGUCGCCGGCCCGCUGCUCGGCGGCGCCUUCACGGAUCAUUUGACUUGGCGCUGGUGCUUCUACAUCAAUUUGCCGAUCGGGGGCUUGGCGAUGGUGGUUAUUUCCUUCUUUCUGAAUAUUGCGCGUGUGAAUAAUCCGGAGAAUAAGACCUUGUUCGAGAGGGUUCUGGAGCUGGACUUGCUAGGAGCCGUGGUCUUGAUCCCGGCGAUUAUUUUGUUUCUUCUGGCGCUUCAGUGGGGUGGUGCUCAAUACGCUUGGAACGAUCGACGUAUUGUUGGCCUAUUCGUAGGUGCUGGUAUUAUGAUCUUGAUAUUCAUAGGCAUCGAGCACUACCAACAGGAUAAGGGGCUACUCCCGCCUCGAUUCUUCAAGAAUAGGAACUUGCUAUGCGCUAUGUUGUUCUCCCUCUUCUUCGGCGCCUCCUUCUUCCCCCUAAUCUACUACCUCUCACUCUACUUCCAAGCCAUCCAAGGCGACACCGCCGUCCACGCCGGCAUCAAGCUGCUCCCGCUCCUAAUGUCCGUCGUCCUCAGCUCCAUCGUAAGCGGCGCCCUGAUCACCGCAACAGGGUACUACAACCCCUUCAUCCUGUUCGAAACAGCCCUAAUCGCCAUCGGCGCGGGCCUAAUCACAACCCUCGGCCCUUCGACCCCCUCCGCCGCCUGGUUCGGGUACCUCGUGCUCGACGGCCUAGGCACCGGCGUCGGGUUCCAAGCCGGGGUAAUCGUAGCCCAGAACUCCCUCCCCUCCUCCUCCUCCUCCUCACAGGCUCAACUAAUCCCACAAGCCACCUCCUGCGUAAACUUCUUCCAAUCGCUAGGCGGCGCGCUCUUCAUCGCGAUAUCGCAAACCGUCUUCCAAAACGGCUUCAUCUCUUCCCUAUCGCGCCUCGCGCCUACGCUCGACCCGGCCCUCUUCACGCACAGCGGCGCGGGCCAGGUGCGCGAGGUCCUCGCUUCCGUCGGCCGAGAGGAUAUGCUGGAUGCCGUGCUGCAGGCGUAUACGGCGGGUCUGCGCCGCACGUUUUGCAUUGCUGCUGGCGCGGCUGCGGUCGCGUUCGUGGCGGCGCUGGGGUUGGAGUGGAAGAAGAUUGGGAGGAAUGACGGUGGAGAAGGAGGAGGUGGUGGUGGUAAUGGUGGCGGAGGGGGGAGAAAAGGGGCGAUUGCGCGGGGUUUGUACGAGUACCAGCGGGCGUGCACGCCGGCGCCUGAGUUCGAUGCUUUGUUCGAGGGUGCGGGCGAGUUGCAUGCGGCGAAGUUGAGGAAGAAGGGGGUUAGGUAA